GUGAUGUAUAUUUGUUACUUUACGGAAACGACUGUGCUGUAGUUAUCGAGUAUCUCUAGAACAGGCAAGAUCGCAGAUAUCUUUUAUUUUUAAUCUUAUAUAGCGAUGAUUUUGUGUUUCAAGAGAUUUCUAUUUUAAUAGAUUGGAUUAUUAUCUUAAGCAUGAGGAGAGGCCAAAGGCAACGAAUUCAUAUCGAAAACCGAGUAGUGCGUGGCGCAAAGAACGCAGAAGAGAUCCUUAUUCAAAGCGAAGCAUUGGACAUGUCGCAUCACAGCAGACCAAGCGUCAUCGUCUCUACAUCGCCGCAGAACGGCAAUACAAAUGAGGACAAGAUUGUGAAGUUCACGUCGACGCGAGUAUCCAGUACUCUUCGUCGAGAAGUACCGGAUUUAGGACGCCCGGCGGUGCCAGCGAUCUCGAGAUCGAAGCUUCAAACGAUCACUCGAUCCGAAAAAAUAUGCUGCCGUUUUUAAUGUUACUACNAAUGACAAAGAUACAAGUCCGAAUAAUGAUAAAUAAUCGCUAUUGAGAGAAUUCAGCCUUGGCUGAAAAGAAUUUUUAAUGAUUCAUCAGCAGCCGAACAUUAACAUAAAGUUCAAACAUUGACUCACUGAAUACGAAAUAUCGUUUUUGUAACAAAUGAUUUAUGAAAAGCAAAGUUCACGAUAUUGAAUUAACUUGAUAAAUUUUUAAUAGUUACCUUGAUAACUUUUUCCUUUAAAAUUUUCGAUAUUUCGUAAGCAAUAAAACCAAGUGAAACAGUGAACGAACCCAAUUAAUUUUGUUUGUCGGUGAUAUCCUUGAUUCCUUUGAUGAUAUUUUCGAUACUUGNAUUAAACCAGUGUAGAUCUGGUUCUAGGCUGUGGACCAGCCUGUCUUAUACGUUCUUUGCGUAGCUGAUGAUCACUUUGCGAAAGCGCUCUGCGAGNACUGGAAGCAGAUUCAAGCGACGGCUCGAAAGAAGUUCACAUAACCAUCGGACAAAUUUGCCAGGAAUCUUGUCGUAAUCCUUAUCGUCGUUUAGUAUUACCGCGUUACAACCCGUUCGGGGUUGAAAUCGUUCCAGUNUCGCUCGCUAUUUGUGUACUAGAUNAUAACUUAUUGUUGUUAAGAGUUAACCGAAUUCUAAGCGUCUGCAUUCGAAGAAUCUGUAUCGAAGCAAGUAAAGUGACUUAAACAUACGCUGAAAAUUGUACUCUCGGACGGUACG